AUGGCGUGGCGUAACCAAGGUAUUACCGGUUCUAACAAUAUCCCACUGGGCCGUCGCAGGUUUGGUGAUGAGCCGGAUGAAACUCCAAGCUCCUCAUCAACUCCAGCUCACAUGGAUGGUGGGAACAAGCGCGGCAGGAGUCCGGUGAGAGCUGAUCCUCCUGCAGAUGGAACCAAGAGGCGAAAGAAGCGUAACCGCUGGGGUGAUGCCCAAGAGAACAAGGCUGCUGGCCUGAUGGGUCUUCCGACUCUGAUCAUGGCAAAUAUGACCAACGAGCAGCUUGAAGCUUACACUCUUCACCUGCGUAUUGAAGAAAUUAGCCAGAAACUUCGUAUAAACGAUGUUGUCCCGGCUGAUGGAGAUAGGUCUCCCUCGCCGGCACCACAGUACGAUAACCUUGGUAAACGUGUAAACACCAGAGAAUAUCGUUACCGCAAACGCUUGGAAGAUGAGCGUCAUAAGCUUAUUGAGAAAGCUAUGAAAGUUAUACCUAACUAUCAUCCACCCUCUGACUACAGGCGUCCGACUAAGACCCAGGAGAAG